ACCGGAGCAUUUUGCCUAGGUUUUAGUUUUAUCAUCAAACAGUCAUUUUUAAAUAGAAAAUGAAUUGCAUGAAACUAUUGAAUAUGUUAUGUCUCUUCUGAUAUCGGUAUGAUUUUUUUCAGGUAUACCAUUCUUCUUAGGAAACAAUGAAAAACUUAAAAAUAUAAAACUCGUAAUAGGUAUAUCAUCACAUUUUCUGCUCUAUCGUUCUUUUCUAUUAUCAAUGGGAGAUCCGUACGAAACUUGCGUGACUCAACCUGAAUGUAGAUUAUAUGGAGUGAGUUCGUAGACUGUAGAGGGAACGUUACGAUUUUUCCGUUUAUUUUUUACAAGUUGGAACGUUUUGAAAGACAUCAAGUAUAGAUCAAUGGUUAUACAGGGCGUGCAUCUCGGCAUCGAUCAUGAUUCGUGAAAGUUCGCGAACAAUUUGUACACACUAGUUACUUAUAUUUAUCUUGGGAAAGGUGCGUGAAUAAGACUAUUUCCUUGAGUUUAUUUCCCCGCGAUCAAUCGUGAUCUUAUGUUUAUUCAUUAGCUGAAAAGUUGAGAAGCACAGAAACUGUUAUUCGGCUAGGAAUUGAAUCCUAAUUACGUAUUUGUUCCAUCCAGCAUAUUAUUCGAUGACGCGCGCUUUUCGUUGCACUCAUAGAUCAAUUUUGAGUAUUUGAAUGCUCGUUCGUCUCGAUAUAUCAAUAUUGAAAUUCAUUGCUCUUAGGAUCAUAAAAGAGGUUAUUUUUCUUAUCUGUAUCAUUUUUACUUAUUCAUCUGACCGUUAAUUGUUCGCAAUCCACUUUUGUUCGUAUUAGCAAGAAACAACAAUGACAUUACAUUCUUUCGUUAUCAUUAGACCUCGAAGAAUCAUAUUCUCCUGUAUACUAUCCGAUAUAUUUUUUAUCUUCUUUGUAGGUAAGAAGAACAAAAAAUGGAGUAAGAAGAAAGGAGUCGAGUGUGCUAUAUAUAAGUAAGAACGCUAGAGGAAAAAAAGGAGAAGAGUAAUCGAACGAGGAUUCGUUUCCAAAACGUCGAGAAUGUCAUCUAUUCGAGAAAAGUAAGGACGACGAAAUCGGAGAAAUUUCGAGAUUGUUUGAAACAUCUCGAUUUCUCACGAGAGUGAGAAAAUGGUACAUUUUGGUUCGUUGGUCGCGACUUCGACGCUGCUAUUCCUUCGUGCUUGUUCAGUUUGCAUUGAAAGGGGAAGCGCAUCCUCAUUAGUUAUCAAUGUAGUUGUUUGACAGGCGAAUGCUACACUAUUGGCCCUUCUCCUCGAAGAUCUUCCUUUAGGGGUAAAAGUCGCAUUCUCGGCCACCGGGCUGCUCCUCCGUCUGCUGCAUUUCCUGGCCGUCCUUAAGCUGGAUGGAACGAUUCUGCCUCAGUCCGAUCUAUGCCUUCCUUCGAUCUCGAUUGUUGAUCCUCGGUCGCUCGCGGUCGAUUCUAUCGGUCACAAUGGUGCUAGACUUUUACCUCGCUUCGCUAGUCUAAUUUCGAGCCACACAUGAGGUACGACCGAUAGCAACAACAUGAAUGCUAAUCCAAGAACACGGAAUCGUGUGCAAACCAAACCAUGAAGACCCAACGCUAACGAGAGUCCUAACCAUCUCCAGAAGAGUGAUGUUGACAACGGACCUUGCCAGGAAUUUGGAUAGAGACCUAGUACUAAAGCUGAAAAUAAAGUAUUUCGCUCUAGAGGAUGUUAACAAAUAUCACGCCUUGAAUAUCAUUUUGUUAUUGCUGCUUAUUUUGAUCGAUUUCAAUCUCACUAAAGAACUCACUGUAUAUUAAAGUUUCCCAGAUAGAGUUGCAAACUCCCCAGGCAGCUGAUAUGACAUGGAAAAGUGCCGGAUCGUCGCCAGCCGGUCUCCAGACGACCAAAACGAGCAACAAACAGGCAUGGAAAGCGAAACCCACGACUGCAACAUAAAACCAAUAAAAUUAAACGAGGUAAAGAUGUUCAAUACAGCUGUACAAAAGCUGCGAUUUUUAUAUAAGCCUUACGCCUUGGCCAUAGUCUCGGUCGGAUACGUACUCGGCGAGUUGGGACAUUACGUGAUCGGUGUUACGAGUAAGGCGACCGCUGAAGAUUUACACUAUGGCGACAUAUCCUGCCAAUUGAAUUCGAGUACUCUUUCGCUCAUCGAACUCCCGAUUAGAUGCGAACAGGCACAGAACGAGACUUACUGUCAAUCUUUAGAACUGAAUGGCUCCUCUUAUUGCGAAUGGAACUACAGCGGUCUCGGCUUAGACUACCAAAUCUUAGCAGGGCCAAGUUUCAUUGCCGUCUUUACAAUAGUUGGAGUCAUUUUAGGCAUCGCUGCCGAUCGAUUCAAUAGGGUCCGACUCUUAGCAAUAUGCACGCUGAUAUUUAGUUUGGCGAUCGUUUUAAUGGGAGCAGUGAAAGAAUAUUGGCAUCUCGUUGUCCUUCGGAUGGUUCUUGCUGCUGGCGAGGCAGGAUGCAAUCCACUAGCAACCGGUCUUAUUUCCGAUUGGUUUCCUGAGGAACAGCGUGGUCUCGUCAUGUCCAUUUUCAAUUGGGGUAUUUAUGGCGGCUAUGGCAUUGCCUUUCCGGUUGGCCGAUACGUUCCAGCUUUAAAUGCUUGGGAUCUAGGAUGGAGAGUCUGUUACUAUGGAGCUGGAAUAGUCGGCAUCAUUAUCGCAAUUCUUACCGGUCUGACUUUAACUGAACCGGAAAGGAAGACCAUUGGCGAAGAAAACGAUAAGACUAAAGAAAAAAAGAUCUCGAUUUGGAAAGUGAUAUUACAGCCACGAAUAAUACUCCUUUGUCUCGCUGCCAGCAUCAGACAUUGCGGUGGCAUGUGUUUUGCAUACAAUUGCGAUCUUUAUUAUCGCGACUAUUUUCCGGAUCACGAUCUCGGCUGGUGGCUCUUUGCGGUGACCAUUGUCAUCGGCAGCAUCGGCGUCGUCGUUGGAGGUGUGGUCAGUGAUAAAUUUGUCGCGAAAAUGGGAAUCAGAUCACGUGUGGCAGUUUUGGCCAUCAGCCAGCUAAUAGCGACACCGCCAGCUUUUGGAUCAGUCUACUUCGAACCACGUUGGGCUAUGUUAUCCCUCGGGUUUUCAUAUUUCUUUGCGGAGAUGUGGUUCGGUAUCGUUUUUGCAAUAGUAGUAGAGAUCGUUCCGUUGAACUUAAGAUCUACGACUAUAGGCGUUUUUCUGUUCGUAAUGAACAAUAUUGGUGGUAAUUUACCGAUACUCGUUGAACCAACCAGGAUAGCUAUCGGCUUUCGGGAAUCCCUCUACAUUUUCUACGCUGGUUUCUACGGCAUAAGUUCAAUCAUGUUUCUUCUGACGAUGUUUCUAAUGGAUGGACCGGUAAAACAAAUGAAGAACAUCGAAGAUCAAACUAGAUACGACAAUUGCACAUUCGUCAACGAUGAAGACCAACACGUUUCUUCGACAAUGGAACUUCCUCGAUUAUCCAUUCGACCGCCAUACUAUGAGAACUCGCAAUUAUGAUCAUGGUAAAUUAACGGCAAGAUAAGUAUUAAGAAUAAGCAUCUCAUUUAAAGGAAAACAAAGAACUAUUAGUAAUUACUCUUGCAUUUAUUUUUGAAGAAAUUAAAUUAUACGCGUGUCAAAGUACGUCACGUACGUAAUUAUGUAAUCUCCAAAAACUUCAAAGUCAAGGCGGUACUUUUAACAUCAAGAACAAAACUGAUACCGAUACUAUAAUUAAACAAAGACUUGUGCUUUAGGAUAAAUCAAACCGUGAUGUAUAGAAUGAAAAAAUAAAGGGAAGUAUUUCUUUGAAGAAUGAACGAACCUCGCUUUGAAUGUAGCGCGUAAAAAAAUCAUUGUAGCUCUUUUCUUUUUUUUUAUUGACAACGUCACAUAAAUUAGUUUCACAUCGAACGUCAAUAGAUUUUCGAUAUAUUAUCAUUAUUAUUAUUGUUAUUUUAUUAUCACAUUGUUAAGAUGAUGACGACAACGUCCGAAAAUCGAAUUUCGGGCCAUAUAAAAACAAAAAGAUAUGAAGUAAAGAUUAACGAAGUACGCAAUUAAUGGAAUUACAUCUUAAAAAAUUAAAGAGACAAUGAUCUCAAUAAUCAACAAACUAUUAUAUAAUGUGUUACUAAAUUACCGAAACGAUUAAGAUUGAAACGAAGUAGUUGCGAAUUUGAUCGUAAUAUUAUUUACAGCGAUUAUUUAAUAUAAAUAAAAGAGCUAUACUUGUAAUGUACAAAAUAAUAAUAUAUUCAUAAUAUAGUUUAAGUCCUCGACCCAUUAAACCAAGGCAUAAAUUCGUAAUUUGUCAUGAAAUGCUGAUUGUGUACAUACAUAUUUACAUAAUAAAACUGAGCGGAGGUACGCGAA